AGCUGAUACUGAAAACAAACGUUGUUUCCAACGUGUAUUACAACUCCUCCUUCACUACCAAUCCUCACAAGGCCUGCAAAUAAUUCUCUUUUUCUUUUAUUUAUGUAAAACGAGUAUUGGAAUCGACGAAGACCCAAUCGAGGAGGGAGAUGACUGGUUCGAUCGAUGUCAUCAAUGGAGGAGAUGAGAAACCAUCAUCAACAGUUACAACGGCAAAACAGGGUUGGUCAAUGAGUACUGGGAAACCAUUUGCGAGAAUCGCUUUGUUGUUUGUGGGUGUUGGUCUGUUUUCUUGUCUGGUUCUUUACAUGUCCGCCGAUCCUUUCCGGUUCUUGCCGAGUUUUUAUUAUGAAGAUCCUCCGGUGGACUUUCUCGCCCAAACUGAACGUUCGCCGGUGAAAAUGGAUAAUGAAUUAAAGCGUGUACUAGAGAACGCAACAACGGAGGACAAAACGGUUAUCAUAACAACUUUGAACGAAGCGUGGGCAGAACCAGAAUCAAUCCUCGACGUGUUCUUGGAGAGUUUUCGGGUCGGGGACGGGACGAGUAAACUGGUGAAACAUCUGGUGAUAGUAUGUUUGGAUCAGAAGGCAUACAGUCGUUGUCGAGAAAUUCAUCCCCAUUGCUAUGCACUCAAGACUGAAGGAGCUGAUUUUUCUGGUGAAGCAUAUUUCAUGACACCAGAUUAUUUAGAGAUGAUGUGGAGAAGGAUCGAUCUUCUAACUAAUGUUCUUGCCAUGGGCUACAGCUUUGUCUUCACGGAUGCAGACAUAAUGUGGCUUCGCGAUCCAUUCAAACACUUCUAUCCGGCAACAGAUUUCCAAAUCGCCAGCGAUUUCUUCACCGGCGACCCUCACAGCCUAAGGAAUUCCCCCAACGGAGGUUUUAAUUUCGUUAGAUCGAAUUAUCGGACGAUGAUAUUCUACAAAUUCUGGUAUUAUUCACGAACGAAGUACCCAGGCUUGCAUGACCAAGACGUUCUGAACAGGAUCAAAUACCAUCCCUUCAUCACAGAGAAAAUUGGACUCAAAAUCAUGUUCUUGGACACAGAUUACUUUGGUGGGUUUUGUCAGCCAAGCAAAGAUUUCAACAAAGUGUGCACCAUGCAUGCAAAUUGUUGUCUGGGUUUGGACAACAAGGUUCAUGAUUUGAAGAUUGUGGUUCAAGAUUGGAAACAGUUUCAGUCACUGACUCCUGAUGAGAAAUCACUACGAUCUGAGGCUAAAUGGGGAGUUCCACAACAUUGCAGCAUGUCCUACCAUCUUCCAGAGAAGAAGAUCAAAGAUGAACAACAACAUUAGAACCCCAUUACACACUCUUUUUCAGAUGCAAACAAUGAAGGUAAUUAAUCAAAAUGUCCAUUAUCACUACUUCUAUUUUUGUCUUCUUUUUUUAAAAGAAAUUUGUAUGUUACAUAAAUCAUUUGGACAUAUGCUAGCUUUUUUGAAAACAAUAUUAUACAAGUUUCGUUUUUAGAAUUUGAUACUCUAUAUGAGUCUAAACUCGAAUCGUUAUAUUUUCUCG